AUGGAAUUUACGUCCCAAGCCCUAUCAGGCAAAAAUAAGCAUCCUUCAAUGUUAGAAGCCAAGCGACUCAGAAUAUAUGUGACCAUUGAAAUCAAAGAUACUAAUAUCAAGAAAUACAUUGCCGUCUCAGAGUUUCCAGAUAAAAAUAUAAGCGAGCUUAAAGAUCGAAUAGAAAAUGAAUUUAAUGCUUUGAACCCAGAACAGAUGAUCUAGGUUCAAGAACUGCUAUUGAAUGACAUAUUCUGCAUCACCAAAGACUAUAGUGUCGGAGAUAUAUUGCUUUACGACCAAAAGGUUAAAGUAGUGGCAGCUUUGAUUGAUUUCUAGUCAAGAGAUUUAAAACAGAGUGGCAUUGGCACUACAGUAUUAGCGAGCAGAACCUUAAAUCAUUAGGACUUAAAUAUGUCACAAAAUGAUUAGAUAUAACACUAGAAACAAAUGCAUCAGCAAAUGAUUAUACAUCAAAAUGCCUCUGGCAGUCAAUAAAAUCAGAUUAUAUAGCAAUAUUAGUAACUUAACUAAACUCACCAAAUUCUGCAUGAAUCUCAAUAGCCAUUGCUAAGCUAAACUAUAGAAUAUAAUAACAUCAAAGAGAGACCUAAUCAGCAUGCCUUAAACUAAAAUAUUCAAAGUCAAUCAAGUACUUCAUUUGCUGAUUAUCAAAGUAACAAUAAUGAAAGUUUACUGAGGUCAAAUUGCUAGCCUUACUAAUAGAAAUAGUUGCAUUAAUCGUAAUUAAACUUUAGUAGACAAAUGAUGCAAGGAAAUAUCAGCUAGGAGAGAUCCAACAUCCUAAAUAAUGAUCAGAUCGGCCAGUAAUCUUUCUAAUUUGGCUAGGAUUAGUGGAUGAGUGCCAUCGGUAAUCCUCUUAGUGAUAUUCAAAAUCAGUUGUCUUUUUAGCAGUAGGAAACAAGCUAACUUUAAUAAAAGCAAAUUUCUCUGCCUAAAAAACACUUUGAAACUGAAGAUAAUGAAAUGUCAAUUAAAGAACCAACUAAAGCUAAAAGGACUAGGAAAAAGACAAUAGAUAAAGAGAUUGCCCUCAAAAUAAAGAUUGAUCCUCAUAUGUCUCCUUAAGCUAAAAAGUAAACAGUUUUCAAAGAGCCUAUAAAGCAUAAUCUAGUUGAUUUUACAAUGAAUGAAAUCUAAAUAGAUACAUCUACAGCAAAUAGAGAAUAAAGUAUGAGAAAUCGCUCCAAGAAGCGCUAAAGAAAACUUAUCAUGAAAUCAAAUGCUUUAACUAUAGAUCUUAGUUCUUAGCAUAAUAAUUCUAGCAACAAGCACUCUCAAGGAUUAAGUGCUAAAAAAGGUCUAUCAGAAAUACUGAGCCAAUAAGAAAUAUAACUAGAAGUCUUAGAUGAUAGCAAAAGCGAAGGUAUUAUGCUAAGAGGCAUGAAAACACUGGGUGAUAGGAGGAGCACUACCCUAACGAUAGGUGGCAUCUCAAGAAGAUCAAGAAAAUCUCUAAAAAGAAAGAGGAAGACAUUUAAGUAGGAUGAGUAGACUAGAGAGAGGAAACGAUUGCUUGUUUAGUAGCAACAAAGAGACCCUUGCACAGGCCGAUUCCUCAGGACUGAGAUAAAUGUUUAAAGUGACAAAAAGUCUUGCAGAAAUUUUAAUUAAGAUAAGUAUAUAAAAACGAACCAGUCAGUGCUAAAAGACACAAUGAUACAGAGUCAUCUGUUUAGAGCAGGGGGAGGUGGAGAUAGUAGUAUUAUAGUUUCUCAAGAGAACAUAGUUAUUAACAAUGAUGACUCAAGCAAUAUCAGCUCCUCAUUAGACAGUAUUUCACAACACAGAGUUGACAUUAGCAAUUAUCUAAAUGAUCAUAGUCAUCAACCUCAUUAGAAUCAAGUCGAAUCUAGCUUGCAGAUGCUAUCUUAGCCACCAGUGGAAAAGGUUGUUUUUCAUAAUACGCGAAGUGCUACAAAGAAGGGCAAAAAUCAGAAUAACACUUCGAACGACAAAAGUACAAUGGAUAUCUACACUGAGAAUGAACAUAUUCAGCCUAAUGUCAUAGUCAAUGAGAGCGAUUGA